AUGGCUCAAAGUCCAGUGUACAUAUCCAGUGAGAAAGUGAGAGAGCUGGUUUCUAUGGCCGACGUCAUAGAUGCAGUUGAAGAUGGUUUGGCAGCAUUUUCAGCACAAAAAGUCGUCCAACCAGUUCGCAGUUACAUGAAACCAGCUAAUCCUCGUGUUCUUUGUAUUGUGGGAAGUGGAGUACAAGCACGAGGUCACGCUGAGGCACUCCAAGUUGUCUGUCAGUUUGAAGAGAUUCGUAUCUGGGGACGUGAUAUUGAUAGAUUGAAACAUUGUGCCAGUGAUAUUGGUGGUACCAAUACUAAAAUUUUCCAGGAUCUACAAACUGCAUGCAAAGAUGCUGAUGUUAUUGUUACAGUCACCAUAGCAACAGAACCUAUUCUAAAAGGGGAGUGGCUAAAGGAUGGUGCAGUAGUCCUUGGUGAGUUGGAAUACUACAAUAAUCUAAAAUAG